AUGGGUUCACCAUUGGCACAGCCAUCGGCUACAAGAAAUGGGAACAAGAGGGUGAUUAAGAAAAGAAAAUACAGUCGAGGAGGAUGUAAGGAAUGUAAGCGUCGGAAAAUCAAAUGUGAUGAGGCCAAACCACAUUGUUUGAACUGUACUCGAUUAAACAAGAGCUGUGUAUAUCCAGCUGAUAUUCAGCCGAAAUUCAAGUUUAUUAAUGAGCCGGAUAGGGGUAUGAUUGGGAUUUUAGGAAUGGGAACGGGGAUGGGGAUGGGAGGAGGAGGAGAAGGAGGAGGAGGAGGAAGACAAGAUGUGAUUGUAAUGGAAGGUAUGCGAGGAGUCGAGGUUGAUGUACAGACAGAGAAACUAAAAGAAAAUAAGAAUCUAGCUUUGCAACUACCGAGUACUAUGAAUAAUGGACUUUUACGACGAGAGUCUACACCACUUUUGCAUCAUCAAUCCCCUCCUUUAUGUCCCCAACCCCAACAACAUCAACUACGGCUCCAACAACAACAACAGCAACAACAACAACAACAGAUUCAACAACAUAUUCAACUGCAACCGCUGCUGCUGCUGCAACAGAUGAGUUAUAGGUUUUACCAAGGUAAUAAUAGUGAUAUUCGGUCUUCACCUAACUUUAUACGAGCGCAUCCAAAUAUAAACCACCAGAAACAACGUUCCCCAGAAGAAGCAACAGUGGUAACGAUGGAAAAUGGUACUUUAACGGAAGAAGAAGAAGAAGAAGAAGAAGAGAAGUCACUGGCUGCUGCUACUGCUGCUGCUGCCAAUGGACAUCAUGCGUGUAAGAAAUAUAAAAUUGCCGACGUUUUGUCACCUGCUGCCGAGGUUGACUUUUUCAAUGAUGAGAAUUGGGGGGACGUUGCUCCUGAUGACGUCAGGAAUUUAUUCGAUGAUGCUAGCUUGCUAGUCCAUGAUUCUUUUAAAAUGUUUGAUAUGGGUCAUGUUUAUCGAAGCUCAAAUCAUACUCAUUUCAUGGAUGGGUUACAAAACAAUGAUUUCUCUACGGGGCAGAAUAUUGCAGAUGAAUAUGAUGGGGAAUUGUUGUAUGCUCAGAAUAAUUCGCAACAUGAAGAACAAGUUAUUAAGACGAAUAGGGAAUUGAUUGAUUCCACAUUUAAGGGCUUUGACUUGACUGGACCACAUGAGGCAUAUUUGAAUAAACUAACUAACCUGGAAUUAUCAUUCCAUGUAUAUCCUUUUGCUCAGAGUAUAGAGAGCAAUGAUGUUAUGAGGAUACUAUUGAGGUAUCUGCAAGGGUGUGCAUACUUGUUAACCUCGUUGUUAUCGAGUAGUGCUACUUUCCAGUUCAUUCAAACAAGGAAGUUGGUCCAUGAACAAAAUAGGGCAAAAUAUACCUCUCUUUGUUUGAAAUUGUUAAGUGAGGCAUUCUCUCAGGAGAAUGGUGAGGCAAGUACAAAUACCAAUAACAAUAAUACCGGACUCAUGGCGAAUGAUAUUGAAAAAUUGUUGCUAACUGUUUUGGUUUUAACCUCGAGUUUUACGGCAAUGGCUUAUUUCCAGAACAAUGAAACUACAAACGAACAGAAUAAGGCUUCUUCUUGGAAAAUCCACCUAGGUAGAGUUAAAGAUCUUUUGAUGAAGUAUACUAAGAUAACAUCAAAAUCGUGUAACAACAGACCAGCGUGCAUUUCCAAUGGACUAGCUUUAGCAAAAACUUGGUUUUUUGCGAUUGAAGCUCUCGCUGAGGUGAACGACCCAUUGGGUGGAACUUUGAAGUAUGUGAAGAAGAAUAUUUCUGAGGUUACUGAUAUUAUUAAAACAGACACUGAAUUGGACUGUUCAGAUAUGGGUAGAUUAUGGAUGCAAACUGGGUAUUUCAAUAGAGAAAAGAAUGCAGAAUAUCAUGACGCAUUGGUCAGGAUUAAUUUACUCACCAUGCCUCAGCAGCAACAACAACAACAACAACAACAACAACAGCAGCAGCAGCAACAGCAACAGCAACAGCAACAGCAACAGCAGCAACAUGUCGUCCAAUUUAAUCUUUUCAAUGGAUAUAGCAUUGAUGUGGUUAAAUUGAUUGAUGAAUUUACUAAAUCUUUGGACUUGGUUAGAGCUAAUGGCAACAGUGCCCAAAUUUCAUUAAAUCGGAUUGCCAGGAUUAUGUCACUUAUUGAUAAAGCUAAACAGAAUGAAAUUGUUCCAGGUGUAAGUAAAGAAAACUUCCAAAUACCCGAAUCGUCGCCUGGUCAUCCUCGAUACGAUAAAUUUGAUAAGAUUUGUUUACCGCCAUCAUGUUAUGGACAUGAACUUGUUGGGGACCAAAUGGUUUAUUAUUCAUGGUUUGAUUGGAGUGAGCAACUUCAUGUGGAUGCCAUUUGUCUCAAGAUGUUUGCUACUAAGGGACUAUUGAAACUACCCAAACACCAUCCACUUUUAAAAGAGUUGAAAAUGAAAGUGAUGUUAUCGAUGUUUUUCAUCAAGAGGAAACUGGCAAAGAAUAUUAGUCACGACGACAGUCACGACGACAGUGACAACAACAGUGACAACACCAGUGACAACACCAGUGACGACAUAUAUAUUGAGCUGGAUAAUUUUUACGUUUCAAAAACCUUAUUUGAUGCAAGAGCGAUGAUGGCACAAACAGUAUUUCGACACUGUCUGAGAAUAAGCAAUAAUGAAGAGGAUUUCGAGAAAUUAGAAUUGUAUUAUAGAGCAUUGGUUAAAUUGGGCAAUGGAAGCUCAUUAAUGGCAUCAGAUCAGCUACAAAAAUUAAGAAAAAUAUGGGAAAGAAAUAGAUAUAAAGGAGAGAUUGAAGAUACCGAGAAUGACGAGUCUCUAGAGUUGGAAUUCAUCUCCUUCUCAUGA